CAGUGAAAAGUUAGUCGAGGAUUUUGUGGCGCGAAGGACUUACGGCUGUUCAUCUCUUCUCUGUCGACGACAUGGCAAACAAGGCACAGCCUCCUCAUCUUCAUCUGGCCGAGUGCACAGCAUCCCAGUUCCUCGAUAUCUGGAAACAUUUCGACGCUGAUGGCAACGGCUUCAUUGAGGGGAAGGAGCUGGAGAGCUUCUUCAAGGAGCUGGAGGAGGCCCGGAAAGGAGCAGGGGUGGACCCCGCUAACCCCACAUUCAGAGAAAGGAUGAAGGAGUUCAUGCAGAACUUUGACAAGAACAAAGGGCGCAUUGAAUUGUCCGAGCUCGCCCAGAUCCUCCCAACUGAAGAGAACUUCCUGCUCUGCUUCAGACAGUUUGUCGGUUCCAGCGCCGAAUUCAUGGCGGCAUGGCGGCGGUAUGAUACAGAUCGCAGUGGCUACAUUGAAGCAAAUGAACUGCAGGGUUUUUUAUCAGACCUGCUGAAGAAAGCGAACAGGCACUAUGACGACCAGAAGCUCCAGGAGUACACACAGACUAUCCUCAAGAUGUUUGACCUCAAUGGGGAUGGGAAGCUGGGACUGUCAGAGAUGGCGAGGCUGCUCCCUGUCCAGGAGAACUUCCUCCUCAAGUUCCAGGGUGUCAAACUGACCACUGAGCAGUUCAAUGCCAUCUUUACUUACUAUGACAAGGAUGGUAAUGGAUACAUUGACGAGCAGGAGUUGGAGGCUCUGCUACGGGACCUGUACCAGAAGAACAACAAGGAGGUGAACGCGGAGCACCUGCAGGGCUACAAGCAGAGCAUCAUGGCUCUGUCCGACGGGGGCAAGCUCUACCGCAGCGAGCUGGAGAUCGUCCUCUGCAGGGAGCCAAUGGUGUAA